UCCCUUGUACUCUUCUUCUUCUUCUCCCUUUUCUCAAUUUCUAUCUGAAACUUCUGCAACAUUCUAUCCUAAGCAAAAGCAAAACCCAGGAAAAAUUAUUGUUAUUACAAUUAAAGAAAACGCAUGUUCUUCUGUCUCAACUCCCUGCUGAAAAGCGUUACCUUUGGCAUCGUUUCGGAAUCUUCUGCUUAGCAGUGAAGGUUGAAGUUUGAACAAAAAGAGAAAAAGCACUGCUUUUCUUUGAGAGGGUAAAAGAGGAAAAGAAAGGGUCUGGGAUUUAUUUUGUUUUGUUUUGGGACUUGCUAAUGGCGUUUUGCUCUAUGCUUUGUUGUGGGAAAGGCGUGGAUCGGAAAGAGAAAGGAAAGAAGCAGCCGACAUGGAGGAUUUUUUCGUUGAAAGAAUUGCAUUCAGCUACCAAUAAUUUUAAUUAUGAUAACAAGAUUGGAGAAGGGGGAUUUGGCAGUGUUUAUUGGGGUCAGCUAUGGGAUGGAUCACAAAUAGCAGUUAAGAGAUUAAAGGUGUGGAGCAACAAAGCCGAAGUGGAAUUUUCCGUUGAGGUUGAGAUAUUAGCGAGAGUUCGACACAAGAACCUGCUAAGUUUGCGUGGCUACUGUGCUGAAGGUCAAGAACGUUUGAUCGUGUAUGAUUACAUGCCAAAUUUGAGCUUGCAAUCCCAUCUUCAUGGGCAGCAUUCAUCGGAAUGCCUUCUUGAUUGGACCCGAAGGAUGACUAUUGCAAUCGGCUCUGCUGAGGGGAUUGCUUAUCUUCACCACCACUCAACCCCACACAUAAUUCAUAGAGACGUCAAAGCUAGUAACGUGUUGCUGGAUUCGGAUUUCCAGCCUCAGGUUGCUGAUUUCGGAUUUGCCAAGUUUAUCCCUGAUGGUGCAACUCAUGUGACUACCCGAGUCAAGGGUACCCUCGGCUAUCUUGCUCCCGAAUAUGCUAUGUUAGGAAAAGCUUCAGAGAGUUGUGACGUGUACAGUUUCGGCAUUCUUUUACUAGAGCUAGCAAGUGGCAAGAAACCUCUCGAGAAACUGAGUACCACAGUGAAGCGAUCAAUUGUGGAAUGGGCACUGCCACUAGCUUGUGAGGGGAAGUUCAAUGACAUGGCAGACCCAAAGCUGGAGGGGAAGUACGUGGAAGAGGAGUUGAAAAGGGUUGUCUUAGUCGCACUUGUUUGUGCUGAUAAUCGACCCGAGAAAAGACCCAACAUGCUCGACGUCCUUGAGCUGCUCAAGGGAGAUUCCAAAGAGAAAUUAGCUGAACUAGAAAACAAUGAAGUCUUCAAGACUCCCCAGUCUGCAGUUUGCAACAACGGGAUAUCAUCCCCCGAAGAGAACUCAGACACAAUUAAGGUAGAGAAGGAUCCGAAACCGGUGAACGAUGCCGAGCAAGAAAAGACUGUAAUUUAGAUGUGAAAUUGUUGCAUCUCUGUAAUUUGUAUUUUUUUUCUUCUUUUGUACAAUACAUCAAGGAGGUGGCAAUGGCUGUCCAUUAUUAGAAUUGGCAGCAAGAUUAGCCUUGUAAUAUAGGAAAAGCAUGUUUUUAUGAGUGCUAUUGGAUAAUGUUUGGUGGGGUCACAACUUUGGUUUUUGUUCUGGUUUGUCAUAUAAAACAGUUGCUGUCUGUUGGGUGUUUCA